GAAAGUGGAAAUAUCUUAAACUCCGGCAACUAAGAGAAGACUUUACCUCACAUCCAUUAAAGUGCUUUACGGCUUUUUUCCCCUCUCUCAUCGGAGCAUCAGAGGAAUAGCAGCGGGACUCUAUCAGACCUCUGUCAUAUCUGAGGACCUCUCUGCCCUCGCGUCUUUGGGAUACUCGGAUAGACGGACAGGCUAUCCCCGGAAAAUGGUGGCCCUCUAUGAUUGUAUUAAACUGUAGCCAUCUGGAGUUUUGGGACCAGAGGUCAGAGUACCAGCAGUCAGAAGAUGGAUCUAGGAUUCAGACAGCUGCCUCCUCUGAACAGUGGAACCCUUUAUCUCCUGCUGCUGGCCAAACUGGUGAUGCCUUCUCACAUUGAGAGCAUGCCAAGCUUCAUUAAGUCCCCUGAUGACCAGACAGGGAUAUCAGGUGGAGUGGCUUCAUUUGUAUGCCAGGCUAUGGGUCACCCCAAACCUCGCAUCACCUGGAUGAAGAAGGGGAAGAAGGUCAGCUCUCAGCGCUUUGAGGUGAUCGAGUUUGAUGACAGCUCAGGCUCUGUGCUGCGAAUCCAGCCUUUACGGACCCACCGCGAUGAAGCCAUCUAUGAAUGCACAGCAUCCAAUAAUGUUGGAGAGAUUAACACCAGCGCCAAGCUCACUGUCUUGGAAGAGGACCAGAUCCCUCAUGGUUUCCCCACCAUAGACAUGGGACCCCAGUUGAAGGUUGUGGAAAGAACACGUACCGCUACAAUGCUGUGUGCAGCCAGUGGAAACCCUGACCCUGAGAUCUUCUGGUUCAAAGACUUCAUACCUGUGGACAUCAACAGCAGCAAUGGGCGCAUAAAACAGCUGCGUUCAGGUGGUACACCAAUCAGAGGAGCCCUCCAAAUUGAGAACAGUGAGGAGUCAGACCAGGGAAAGUAUGAGUGUGUGGCAGUAAACAGUGCUGGAACUCGAUACUCAGCCCCAGCCAACCUUUAUGUUCGAGAUCAACGAGAAGUUCGCCGUGUGCCUCCCCGUUUCUCCAUCCCCCCUACCAAUCAUGAGGUCAUGCCAGGUGGGAGUGUCAACCUGACCUGUGUUGCAGUUGGUGCUCCAAUGCCUCAUGUAAAGUGGAUAAGUGGGGAGGUGGAGCUGACUCGAGAGGAAGAGAUGCCUAUUGGCCGCAAUGUCCUAGAACUUACCAACAUACGACAGUCUGCCAACUACACCUGUGUGGCCAUAUCCUCCCUUGGCAUGAUUGAGACCACAGCACAGAUCACCGUCAAAGCUUUACCCAAGCAGCCCACCUCCUUCAUUGUGACAGAAACCACAGCUACCAGCGUGACCCUGACCUGGGACUCCGGCAAUCCAGAACCAGUCUCCUAUUAUGUAAUCCAGUACCGCCCCAAAAUCUCUGACAAUGGCUUCCAGGAAGUAGAUGGGGUAGCAACAACCAGAUACAGCAUUGGAGGCCUGAGUCCUUUCUCUGAAUAUGAGUUUCGCGUCAUGGCUGUCAACAAUGUUGGCCGGGGGCCUCCCAGCAGUAUUGUCAAUACUCGCACAAGCGAGCAAGCACCGUCAUCAGCUCCUCUUAAUGUCCAGGCACGUAUGCUAAACUCCAGCACCAUGAUGGUUCAGUGGGAUCCUCCAGAGGAGUCCAAUGGCCAAAUCCGUGGAUACCGGAUCUACUAUAGUUCCGAGCACGAUGCUCCUCUCAGUGCUUGGCAGAGACACAACACAGGAGACGGCCAACUCACCACUAUUUCAGGCCUCACUACAGAUAUCACCUACAGUCUGAGAGUGCAGGGCUUCACCACGGUGGGAGAUGGGCCUCUUUCUGAUGUCCUGCAGAUUAAAACCCAGCAGGGAGUUCCAGCUCAGCUGUCAGGUUUUGAGGCCGAGGCUGAGCUAGACUCACGUAUCAUGCUUUCAUGGCUUUGGCCAGUCCAGGACCCUGUUAUUAACUUGGAACUGCUCUACUGGGAGGCAAACAAUCCAACAGACAAGCAUCAGGUCAACUUUGAACCAGCAGGCUCUUAUGCAGUUGAUGGUCUAAAGCCAGAUACACUAUACGUAUUUACCCUGGCAGCAAGAUCCAGCAUGGGUUUAGGACUCUUUACGCAGCCUAUCGAGGCCAAGACUGCUCAGACCAUGCCCGUAGCUCCUCCAAGGAAGUUGGAGAUUGAUGUUCUUAACUCCACGGCCCUCAGGGUGACCUGGAUGCCUCCCCUGUCUGUGAGGCAGCAUGGCCAGAUCAGAGGUUACCAUCUAGUCUAUUCCAGGCUAGAGAACGGGGAGCCUCAUGGGCAGUCGGUCAUCAAGGAUGUUUCCCUCUCUGAAGCUGAGGAGGCCACUAUAACAGAUCUUCUCCCAGAGACUACAUACAAAGUGCUUGUCGCUGCAUACACCUCUAAGGGAGAUGGGGCUUACAGCAAGGCCAAGGUUGUCACUACCUCAGGGGCAGUGCCUGGGAAGCCCACUAUGAUGAUCAGCACCACCAUAGGGAACACUGCUCUGAUCCAGUGGCAGCCCCCAAAGGAGAUGGUAGGGGAACAUGUUGGAUACUGCCUGCAGUACAAGAGAGCAGACGAGGAAACCUUCAUUUCCAAAGACUUCAGACAUACGGAUGAUCAUUUCACAUACACUGGCCUUCACAAGGGUGCCACAUACAUCUUCAAACUAAGUGCAAAAAACAGAGUGGGCAAUGGAGAGGAGUUCGUAAAGGAAAUCAGCAUCCCUGAAGACAUUCCAAGCAGCUAUCCUCAUAAUCUGAGUGUGGUUGGACUUACUGCCACCUCCAUCAAGCUAGCAUGGGACCCCCCUCCUCUAGCUGAGAGAAAUGGAAAAAUUGUCAAGUAUGUGGUGGUGUAUCGUGAUAUCAAUAGUCAGCAAAAUCACACCAACAGUACCACAAAAACACAGAUGACUGUCCAAGCCUUGCAACCUGACACAACCUAUGACAUUAGGGUCGAAGCUUUUACCAGCAAAGGGGGCGGACCCCUCAGCCCCAGCAUUCAAAGCAGAACCAUGUCAACUUCCAUGCCAGAUCUUCCCCCAGUGUUCACCCAGAACUUUGGUGUGAAGGCUGUGACGAAAACUUCUGUCCUGCUGACCUGGGAGGUUCCUGAAGCCUACAAAUCUGAAGUUCCUCUGACGAUCCUAUACAACCAACUGAGCUUGGAGGUUCCAGGAAACCUGAAGAAGAGGCUGAUCACAAAACUACAGCCAUCAACGGAUUAUUCCUUUGUGCUCAUGAGCCGGGGUAACGGUGCCGGUGGCCUUCAACAGCAAGUCUCCAUUAGAACAGCUCCAGAUCUGCUGAGGAUGAAACCAGCUCUCUACCAGCAGGAUUGGGAGGAGGCUGGUAAAGUUACAGUCAGCCUACCCAGGGUACCUGCUGGAGCGUCUGUCAGAUGGUACUACUUAGUGGUUGUCCCUGUAACCCCAGCUUUGCUGAGAAAAUGGGAGAACCCUGAAGACAUGGACAUACAAGAGCUCAUGGAGGAUGGUGCUGGGAGCAGUUUGCAGAGAAAGCAGCAACAUAGCCAGGAUAUCCUUCAGCCCUAUAUCGCAGCCAAGCUGGAUGAACUUCCUGAAAUAUUUACUUUGGGUGAUGAGAAGAAAUACAACGGCUACUACAACAAACCCCUUACUGGCCAGCAAUUUUGUUGCUUUGUUCUGGGAGACUUGACUGAACAUGAGUCUCAUAGCAUGUUUGUGGCUAGCCCUUUCUCUGAGCCAAUCACAAUCAAGCUCCACAGUGGGGUGAACCAACAAAUGGAGGACCCAGAGAUGCUUUGGGUGAUGGGUCCUGUCCUUGCUGUCAUUCUAAUCAUUAUCAUAGUCAUCGCCAUUCUUCUCUUUAAAAGCAAACAAGAAAGGAAAAGAACAUCUCCAACUAAGGAUGAGCACUUGACAGGAGUGAAGGAUUCACUACUGGCCCACUUCUCAGAUCCUGUGGAGUUAAGGAGAAUCAACUUUCAGACACAAGGGAUGAGGGAACACCCGCCUAUUUCUAUUAGUGACCUUGCAGACCACGUAGAAGGGCUGAAGGCAAAUGAUGGCCUGCGCUUCUGUCAAGAGUACGAGUCUGUUGAUCCAGGACAGCAGUUCACCUGGGAGCACUCGAACCUAGAGGUGAACAAGCCAAAGAACCGCUAUGCAAAUGUUACUGCCUACGACCACUCAAGGGUCAUCCUUGCUGCUGUGGACGGAGUCCCAGGGAGUGACUACAUCAAUGCUAACUACAUUGAUGGCUACAGGAAACAGAAUGCUUACAUUGCCACACAGGGGCCACUGCAAGAGACGCUGAGUGACUUCUGGAGAAUGGUCUGGGAACAGAGGACCUGCACGAUUGUAAUGAUGACCAAGUUAGAAGAGAAGUCACGGGUAAAAUGUGACCAGUAUUGGCCUACUCGGGGCAUACAGACAUACGGGAUGAUUCAGGUGACUACGCUUGACACGGUGGAGCUGGCAACUUACAUCUUGCGUACAUUUGCCCUCUACAAGAACGGGUCGAGUGAAAAGAGAGAGGUACGACAGUUCCAGUUUCUUGCUUGGCCUGACCAUGGAGUGCCUGAGUAUCCCACCACAACUAUUGCCUUUGUACGCAGGAUCAAAGCCUGUAAUCCUCCAGAUGCUGGCCCCAUGGUAGUCCACUGCAGUGCCGGUGUGGGUCGUACUGGUUGCUUCAUUGUGAUCGACGCCAUGCUGGAGAGAAUAAAGCAUGAGAAGUCAGUGGAUAUCUACGGUCACGUAACUUGUAUAAGAGCUCAAAGGAAUUACAUGGUCCAGACGGAGGAGCAGUACAUAUUCAUCCAUGAAGUUCUGCUGGAAGCUGCAACAUGUGGCAUGACAGAUAUCCCUGCCCGAAAUCUCUAUCUCCAUAUUCAGAAACUCACCCAGAUUCCUCCUGGAGAGACGGUCAGCGCCUUGGAACUAGAGUUUAAGAAACUAUCCAAUUCUCAUGUACAUACCUCAAGAUUCAUCAGUGCCAACCUACCGUGUAACAAAUUCAAGAACCGUCUGGUGAACAUCUUGCCUUUUGAGUCCAACCGUGUCAGUCUGCAGCCAAUCAGAGGGAUGGAGGGGUCAGACUACAUCAAUGCAAGCUUUGUUGAUGGAUAUAGGCAACAGAAAGCAUACAUCGCCACUCAGGGACCCUUACCCGAGACCACCGAGGACUUCUGGAGAAUGCUGUGGGAACAAAACUCCACAAUUGUAGUCAUGCUCACCAAACUACGCGAAAUGGGACGGGAGAAGUGUCAUCAGUACUGGCCUGCCGACCGUUCUGCACGCUACCAGUAUUUUGUUGUGGACCCCAUGGCUGAGUACAACAUGCCUCAGUACAUCCUGAGAGAGUUCAAAGUCACAGAUGCAAGGGAUGGUCAGUCAAGAACAAUCAGGCAGUUUCAGUUCACUGAUUGGCCAGAGCAAGGAGUGCCUAAAACAGGAGAGGGUUUCAUCGACUUCAUUGGCCAAGUUCAUAAAACUAAAGAGCAAUUUGGACAAGAUGGACCCAUCACUGUGCACUGCAGUGCUGGUGUUGGGCGUACUGGUGUGUUCAUCUCUUUGAGCAUUGUCCUGGAGAGGAUGAGGUUUGAAGGCGUGGUUGAUGUCUUCCAAGCAGUCAGGACUUUACGAACCCAGAGGCUGGCCAUGGUACAGACCGAGGAACAGUACCAACUAUGUUACCGGGCAGCUCUGGAGUACCUUGGAAGCUUCGAUCACUAUGCAACAUAACUUUACCAAGAAACACAUUUUGAAAAGAGCUCUGUUUGUCCUGAGCUAAAAUAAUUUAGCUCAGUCUUUUCAGUCCCUGUGGCCUGAUGAGAUUGCCGUAAGAAAGACUGGCAAGAAAGUGAGCACUGCAGGAAGAAAAGUGGAUCAGAGAAAACAAAGAGGGAACAGGACAACCCCCCUGCUGGCAUUAUGGCACAGACCCCCGUCCAAAACUUCUAAAAGAAUCAUUCCUUUCAGUGAUUCUUUUAAAUUCUUACCAUAUUUUCAUCUCAUUUACCAGAUUGUUCUCCUCUGAGCAAAAACUAUUUUUCUGCUGUUUUUUUGUUACUAAGCAUUUGGGUAUAUAGAAUUUAUGACUAAAUUAAAUACUAAUUCAUUAAUAAAUUAAUGACUCAAAGUCUUUAUUUGUCUCAAUAAUUUUUUAAAAAUGUGCUUGUCCUGUUUUCAAGGUCAGGUAUUUGUAUUUCCAACAUGCUCAACAUAAUGGAGAGCAUACACUCAAAACUAAGAGGGGUCUGGCUGCAGACCUCCA